AGUGAAAAGCAGGAGAUGACUCUCUAGUCUGGGUGGCACGUACAGCUCCACGUGACGUGAUCUGGGUCAAAUUAUGCACUGAGCAUUUCCCGGGGCCACUCUCAUCUACCGAUACCUUGUCGCUGCAACAUUCUGGAGGUGUCGUAUGGCCAGCACUUUGCACUACAGAAGUCCACUGCUCUGAUAAUGCUGUCGGCUUGCACUUGCUACAAGCAUUAUUGUCAACUAGUGGAGGCCAUGCAGCUCAAAGAUACCUCAACCAGCCCAGGAUUGAUCAAACAUCCCUUCGUCAAUACUUCGUCCUUUCUUUGGUGCUUCGAGCGACUCACUGACCUUGCCGAGCACUACUGGCUCCUCCUGAACGACCAUACCGCAUUGGUGAGGUUGCGUGUCACCCAUCCCGGCGUUCCAUAUCAGCACUGUUCAUUUACUGCUCGCCUGCCCGGGUUGUGGGCGGGACGGACAUCAGCCACGCCGUCAAUAAAACGAGGGCGUCAGCCAGCCGCUGUCUGUCGACGCCCCAUGUUGGAGAGGAAGCAGGGGAGGCCGAGACUUGGAAGCAUGUUGUCGUGUGGCUCACGUUGGUUCGUUGCGGGAAUGUCACAGUUCGUGCAGGAUUUACCACCACCCUUCCAACAACAUCUUUCAAUGUCGCCCAAUCGACCCAAACGCACUUUCGGUCGACACUUUGCAAUUAGACGUCCAAUGUUGAACACGUCACUUGGUGAGGGCAUAUGACAUGUCAUCCGAAGAAGCCAGCCAAUGGAGACGGCUGGAAAUAGCCCACUCUGGACUCUCUUGUCGAAUCGGGCCGUGAGCAUUAGGAAGGUUGGACAGGGACAAGCCCUGAAGCGUCGCGGGUUAGCCCAGUGUAGCACCAGUCUCUCCGGCGCCUGGGACCACUUGGUCUGGUAUUCAACAAGAUGGAAAAGAAAUGCCAUCCUGAUCAGAUAUAUGCGUGGUAACUCAAUCUGUU